AUCGAUGAUCAUAAAUUUGUAUUAAUUGUCACAUACAUGCAACCACGUUACUUAGUAAUUAUACAUGUAAAUUUUAAAAAUUGAAAUAAAAAUUUAUUAAGUUUAUUAAUAAAUAAAGUAAGAAUUAAAUUAAAUAAAAAUUAUUAAAAAAAAAAAAGAACUAAAGAAUUCAAAAUAAAUUAAAAAAAAUAAAAGAAAAAAAAUAUAAAAUUAAAUCAAGAAGUGCUGUAAUCUUGUAUUAAAGUUCCAUUUAAAUAAAUAAAUAAAUAAUAUAAAAAUAUAAAAAAAAAAGUAAAAUACACACAAAAUAAAUUUUUUUUUAAAUCAAAGACAACAAAACAAAAAAAAAAAAAUCGAAAUAAAAAUAAUUGACAAUCGGAAGGAAACCAUUAGUUAAAUGUUUGCAAAUGCAAAAUCAUAUAGAAUUUGAUUACAUCAUUUGCCCAUAGAGGGCAUUCAGAUCUUGUCCACAUACAUAAAUGUUUAAAAAUUUUAUUUGGUAAAUGAAACGGUGAUCUCGUACAAAAUCUGUCCCACAAUUGGUUUGAUAUACUCAUAACAAAUGGCCACAAUAGAUGGAAGACCGGCGCAAUAUGGGAUCUCACUUAAGCAAUUACGAGAGCUCAUGGAGCACCGGGGUAGGGAGGGUAUAGCAAAAGUAAAUGAAUUUGGAGGUGUCCUUGAUUUAUGUAAAAAAUUGUACACAUCGCCAAAUGAAGGAUUGUCUGGAAGUAGGGGUGAUAUUGAACACAGACGAGAAACAUUUGGUUCAAACGUAAUACCACCGAAACCACCAAAAACAUUUUUGACACUAGUCUGGGAGGCUCUCCAGGAUGUAACACUAAUUAUAUUAGAAGUAGCUGCUUUAGUUUCACUUGGUCUAUCGUUUUAUAAACCCUCCGAUGAAGAAGAAGUUUCUUCUACUUCUGUAUUUUCAGCAAUUCUUGCCGAAGAAGAUGAUCAUCAUGGCUGGAUAGAAGGUUUAGCAAUUCUAAUUUCCGUUAUAGUUGUUGUUUUUGUGACAGCAUUCAAUGAUUAUUCAAAAGAGCGACAAUUUCGUGGCUUACAGAAUCGUAUAGAGGGUGAACAUAAAUUUUCAGUAAUACGUGGCAGUGAAGUUAGAGAUAUAAAUGUCGGUGAUAUAGUAGUCGGUGAUAUAUGUCAAAUAAAAUAUGGCGAUCUAUUACCAGCUGAUGGUGUACUCAUUCAAAGUAAUGAUUUAAAGAUUGAUGAAUCAUCGCUAACAGGAGAAUCCGAUCAUGUCAAAAAAGGACCAGAUUAUGACCCAAUGGUAUUAUCUGGUACACAUGUUAUGGAAGGUAGUGGUAAAAUGUUAGUUACAGCUGUUGGUGUUAAUUCACAAGCUGGCAUUAUAUUUACAUUGUUGGGAGCUGCUGUUGAUCAACAAGAGGCUGAAAUUAGAAAAAUGAAAAAGGAAGCUAAAAAGCAGAAGAAGAGCAAAAGCUUAACAGACGAAGAUGGUGGUGCACCGAUUAGUAAUAGUCAUAUGGGAUCUCCAGCACCGGUUAAAUCCGAAUCGGAUGGUAAUCAUGUACAACAAUCAAGUCCUAGCCCCGAGAGUAGUCAUAAAAAAGAGAAAUCUGUAUUACAAGCAAAAUUAACAAAAUUAGCAAUACAAAUUGGUUAUGCCGGUUCAACAAUAGCUGUACUUACUGUUAUUAUAUUAGUUAUACAAUUCUGCAUAAAAACAUUCGUUAUUGAUGAAAAACCAUGGAAAAAUACAUAUGCCAACAAUUUGGUUAAACAUUUAAUUAUUGGUGUAACAGUGUUAGUCGUUGCCGUACCUGAGGGUUUACCAUUAGCUGUUACACUUUCAUUGGCCUAUUCGGUUAAGAAAAUGAUGAAAGAUAACAACUUGGUUCGGCAUUUGGAUGCAUGUGAAACAAUGGGUAAUGCCACUGCCAUUUGUUCUGACAAGACUGGAACUUUAACUACAAAUCGUAUGACCGUUGUUCAAUCAUAUAUAUGUGAAAAAUUAUGUAAGGUUACACCAAAAUUUUCUGAUAUUCCAUCGAAUGUUGGUAACUUAAUAGUUCAAGGUAUAUCGGUUAAUUCGGCAUUUACAUCAAAAAUUAUACCUGGGCAAAAUCCUGGUGAUCCAAGUAUACAAGUUGGUAAUAAAACUGAGUGUGCUCUUUUAGGUUUUGUACAAGGCUUAGGUAUGAGUUAUCAAGCUGUUAGGGAAGAAUAUCCAGAGGAUAAAUUUAUUCGUGUUUAUACUUUCAAUUCGGUUAGAAAGUCAAUGAGUUCCGUUAUACCAAAACCAGGUGGUGGUUAUAGAUUAUAUUGUAAAGGAGCAUCUGAAAUUGUACUUAAAAAAUGUGCUUUCAUUUAUGGUCAUAAUGGCGAAUUAGAGAAAUUUACAAGAGAUAUGCAAGAUCGUUUAAUACGUGAAGUUAUUGAACCAAUGGCGUGUGAUGGUUUACGUACUAUAUCAGUUGCUUAUCGUGAUUUUGUACCAGGAAAAGCAUCAAUAAAUGAGGUUCAUAUUGAUAAUGAACCAAAUUGGGAUGACGAAGAAAAUAUUGUUAGUAAUUUAACAUGUAUAUGUGUUGUUGGUAUUGAAGAUCCUGUCCGUCCUGAAGUACCCGAUGCUAUUAGACGAUGCCAAAGAGCUGGUAUUACAGUUCGUAUGGUUACUGGUGAUAAUAUAAAUACAGCACGUUCCAUUGCCACAAAAUGUGGUAUUAUAAGACCUAAUGAAGAUUUUCUUAUACUGGAAGGUAAAGAAUUCAAUAGAAGAAUUCGAGAUAGUAAUGGUGAUGUUCAACAGCAUCUUAUUGAUAAAGUUUGGCCAAAACUUAGGGUUCUUGCUAGAUCAUCACCAACAGAUAAAUAUACUUUGGUUAAAGGUAUAAUUGAUAGUAAAGUUAGUGAAAAUCGUGAAGUUGUUGCCGUUACCGGUGAUGGUACUAAUGAUGGUCCAGCCUUAAAGAAAGCCGAUGUUGGUUUCGCAAUGGGUAUUGCUGGAACUGAUGUUGCUAAAGAAGCUUCCGAUAUUAUAUUGACAGAUGAUAAUUUUAGUAGUAUCGUUAAGGCUGUUAUGUGGGGACGCAAUGUUUAUGAUUCAAUUGCGAAAUUUUUACAAUUUCAAUUGACAGUUAAUGUCGUAGCCGUAAUUGUUGCAUUUAUAGGUGCCUGUGCUGUUCAAGAUUCCCCAUUAAAAGCCGUUCAAAUGUUGUGGGUGAAUCUAAUUAUGGACACAUUAGCGUCUUUAGCUUUAGCUACUGAACUUCCAACACCUGAUUUAUUAUUACGUAAACCAUAUGGUCGUACGAAACCUUUAAUAUCACGCACAAUGAUGAAAAAUAUAUUAGGCCAAGCAAUAUAUCAACUAACAGUUAUAUUUUCUUUAUUAUUUGCUGGUGAUAUAUUAUUGAAUAUUGAGUCUGGUAGAGGUCAAGAUCUUGCAGCUGGACCAACACAACAUUUUACAGUUAUAUUUAAUACAUUUGUAAUGAUGACAUUAUUUAAUGAAAUUAAUGCUAGAAAAAUUCACGGACAAAGAAAUGUUGUUCAAGGUCUUUUCACAAAUCCUAUUUUCUAUUCUAUAUGGAUAUUUACCUGUAUAUCCCAAGUAGUUAUAGUUCAAUAUGGUAAAAUGGCUUUUGCAACUAAAGCACUUACACUUGAGCAAUGGCUAUGGUGUAUAUUAUUUGGUGUUGGAACAUUAGUUUGGGGUCAAAUAAUCACAACAGUGCCUACUAGAAAAUUACCUAAAAUAUUAUCAUGGGGUCGGGGUCACCCUGAAGAAUAUACGGAAGCAAUUAACUUAGGUGAUGAACGUUUCGAUUCACUGGAUUCAGAUAAAAAACCUCGAGCUGGACAAAUUUUAUGGAUACGUGGUCUUACACGUUUACAAACACAGGUGAUAGGUGGUGAGUUACAAGAACGUUUGAUUCCGGUUCCAUACAGCAAGAGUUCCACUGAUCAAGCUAUUCGAGUUGUAAAUGCAUUUCGUCAAGGUCUCGAUGCACGUUAUGGCGAACAUACAAAUACUUCUUUAGCUGAGGUAUUAAGAAAACAAUCAUCAUUAAGUAAACGAUUAUCACAAACAUCAUCAAUUGAAUAUGCUGAUAAUAUACCAGAUGAAUUAACAAUACCAGAAAUUGAUGUUGAACGUUUAUCAUCGCAUAGUCAUACAGAAACUGCAGUUUAAAACAGAUAAAAAAGAAACAAAAUUUAAACAAUAAAAUAACACACAUAAGAUAACAAAAAGAACAAAACAAUAUAUUAAAUAACUAUAUAUAUAUAUAUAUAUAUUAUGUACUUAUAGAACAAAAGCAAAAACAACAACAACAUUAAGAAAACGUAAACAAAAACGAUAAGGAUAAUAAAAAAAAAAAACAAAAAAAAAAUAUGAGUACAACAAUGAAACAAAAAAUUGUUUUUUUUUUUUUUCCUUUUUUUUAUUUAUUUAUUGUUUAUAUUUUUUGAAAAAGCAAAACAACAAACAAACAACAGCAAGAACCACAAUAAUAAUAAUAAAAAUACAAAAAUAAAUUUAUGUAUAAAAUUUAAAUUAUAUGUAAAUGGAUAUAUAUAUAUAAAUAUAUAAGUAAAAUUAUUUAUAUAUAAAAGUAUAUGUAUAUCAUAAAAAAAAAACAAAAAAAAACGAGAAAAAUUAAAAAAAAAAAGAAAAAACCCGCUAAAAAAUUUAAAUGUAGAAUAAAAACCAAGAAAUUAAAAAUUAAAUUACAAUUAUUAUUGAUAAAAUUAGAAAAAAUGGAGAAUCGAAGCCAUAUAAUAUUAUAAAUAUGUAACAAAUACAUGUAUGUAUAUACAUAUAUAUAUAUAUAACAUAUAUAUAAUGCAUAUAUAUAUAUAUAUAUAUAUACAUAUGUAUAUAUAUAUAUUUAAAUAUAUUUUAAAUUAAAAAAGAAAAAAUUAACAAAAAACAAAAAAAAAAUUAAUAACAAAAAUUAAAAAUAAAUAAAUAGAAAAUAAAUAAUUUAAAAAUUAAAAAUUUACAAGAAGUGAUAUUGAACAUUAAAACUACAUGAACCAUUUUUUCCUCAAUUAUAAAAAAAAAAAAACAAAAAAAAAAAAAAUAAAUAAAUUAACAAAAAUAAUAAAAAUGAGAACAAAAAAGGAAGUGUUAUAAUGUAAAAAAAAAAAAAAAAACAAAAACAACAAAA